CGCAGCAUUAUAGUAGCGCAGUAGCGUUGCAUUUUCUUUAAGGUGAACUAGAUUAAUGUUGCUCCGUCUUUAAUCGUCUUCAGUCGUCUCUUAAAUAACUAAUUAAGUAAUUAUUAAUACAAUACUAUAUCGUUUAUCUUACGCUUAUAAUAUCUGGUAAUAUUUGAGUAUUCGAGACUCGAGUGGAGAAACGAACCACAGAUAUCUGUGGAAGUGUGGAAGCGAACUGACCUAAUAUCGAGUUUUUAAAAUGUCAAAAACAAAGAAAGAAACCGUUAAAGAUAAAAAACCGCGCUCAUCUAAAAAGACUACAGUUAAACGACUUAAAAGACCCGUUUAUAAAUUUAAUAUACAUGAAAUUUUGAAAAAUAGACAAUUGGAAAAAAAGCUUUUGGAACAAACAGCUAAACAUGAUGAGGAAAUGAAAGUUAUUGACAAAUCAUAUCAAGAACUAAAGUCUCUUGACUUUGAAGACAAUGACAAGCUUCCUCUUGAACCAAUUCAUUUUAAUCCUGUUGUCUCAUCUAAUUAUAAUAUACCCUUAAAAGACAGCUCAGAUUCUGAUUUAACAAAUUUGUGUAUGCAACGUUUACAAAUUAUGUUAAUCGAAGGAAAUGAAUUAGAAGCCAAAAUUCAUUUUAACCAUUUGAUGAAAGCAAAUUGGUCACCAGUAUUUGAUAUUGUCCAAAAUAUUUUAUGCAAAUGGACUGCUGAUUUGGAUACUCAAACCAAUGAUCCAUCAUUUGAGUAUCAACUUAAAGAUUUUAAAAACAUUGGACGGCACAAUUUUGAAUUAGUAAUAAAUUUCAUAUCUUCUAGUAUACUGAAAAAUAACAAGAAAUUUUGUGUUGAUGAACUUUUAACAGUAGCCAAGUAUACUGUUACAAUAUACUUUAACCUUUGUGGACAAAUGAUAAAUGUUUUAAAAAAAUUAUUUAGUGUUUGUAUUGAAACAGCAUUAGAAAAAGACAAUGGUUCCGCUAUUAUAGUAUUUGCUGAAGAAUUGUAUUCAAAACACAAUGAAGACAAUUUAUUAAAUAUGCUGGUUGAUUUAUUUCUGCCUUUGGAAGGACAAAUAUUGAAAAAAAUGUAUACUUAUUUAACAUACAAACUAUUCAAGUCACUUUUAGGAAAGACUGACAAUAAGAAUACAUUUCCGUCUAGCAUCAAAGAAUGGUUUGUACAAGAUUUGGUAGAAAUGAAUUAUUUUGAAAAAAAUCCAAAGAAAGUAUUGUCCAGUGUUGUUCAAUUGUUAGAACAUGUCGUUUUUGUAUUUGACUUAUACCAAGAAGAUGAAAAACUGCAUACCAUGUAUAAUUUUCUGAAUGCUUCGAUCAAACGCAGUGGAAUUUCAGAUUCUAUGAGACUCGUAAAUAUAAUAGACCAGUGGAGGUUGCGAUUAUUUCGUUUUUUUGUUACAGCCAAGCUGGUAAAUGAUGACAUGAUUAAUGAAUAAAAAUUGAUUUAUAGGGAAAUAUUGAAUAUUAUCCAUCCUUUUUAAAA